AUGGCCUCUACGACGUUCGGCCUGCAGAGCAUCUCAUCUCAGAGAGUGCCAUGGUCUCGGAUACCGACCGUUGACGAGAGCGCUAUUGACGAUGACGACUCUUCGGAUUGGGAGGACUCUGUGCAAGAUAGCGGCAAAUCGAGCGUUGACGCGAAUCUCUUCCAGCGCGUUAAGCCUAAGGCUAACCUGUUCUCCCGCCGUUCGCUCAUCACUCUUAUGCUUGCGCAGACAGAACUGCCAAAAGAGCUUCAGCAACAAGCAUCCCACUCCGCCAUUACAGUCCUGGGAGCCUCUGCUAAUGAUAAAGAUGAGGGUCCUCUAAUGCUGAAGGGCGUGCGUCCUUCCAACCUCAAACCUAUCAUCGAGGCCCCUCGCUCGAGCAUCCAGCCUACUAUCGCGCAAGCAGUUUUAUCACCGCAAACAACUCGCCGCAACAUGCUUGCUUCUGAGAUGCCUGAGUCUCUUCGCCGCCAUAUUCUCUGGGAGCGUCAGCAGAAGACUUCGACUGCCAAUGCCGUGCUCAAGCGCCGCCAUGCCUCCCACGAUGUGGCCAACCUGAGGCAGUUUCCGGAACAGCCCUGUCUGAAUCAGAGCGAGGACGCCAACGCACGUAGUUGGAAUCAGCAUUUCAUUACGAUUGCCUUUGACGGCUACCAUUCUAGAGGCUGGUGA